AUGUGGCCACAGUGGAUAAAAUCACAGCGCCACCGCCGCGAUUCUCCGCCACUGACACGUUCACUCUCUCUAUCUCGCUCCGUCGAUUUCUCUUGUUCAUCUUUCAAAGACGUUCAAACUAUUCUCAAAGAUACACCGGAGCCAGAACCAAAUAGUCCGAAAUCUCCUUCGCUCUUCCGUCGGAUCCGAAUCUCGACCUCCGUCCUCCGCGCCUUGGCCGCCUCUCACACCGCUCCCCCUCCGCCUCCCAAACUCGAACGAUCUCCGUGCCUGGACCAGCGUAUAGUCGUCUACUACACCAGCCUCCGCAUCGUCCGCCGGACCUUCGAAGACUGCCGCGCCGUCAGAUCGAUUCUCCGAUGCUUCCGCGCCGCAAUCGACGAACGCGACGUUUCUAUCGACGAUCGGUUCCGCGACGAGCUCCACGAGAUUCUAGGUCGGAAAAAUGUGACACUCCCUAGGGUUUUCAUCGGCGGAGUUUACAUCGGCGGCGUAGAGGAGGUUAAACAAAUGCUCGAUAACGGUAAAUUAAAUCGUUUGAUCGAACGGUUACCAAAGAGUAAUCAGAUUGGUUGUGAUUGCUGUGGAGGGUUCAGAUUCGUAAUGUGUGAUGAGUGUAACGGAAGUCACAAAGUGUUUACGGAGAAAAGUGGUUUUAGAAGCUGUUCAUCUUGCAAUUCUAACGGACUGAUUAGGUGCCCAGCAUGUUUCUUCGUGCUGCCGCGACACACCAGAUAG